AGAGGAGGGUCCACAAGGCAAGCAGUUCUGUUAGUUCUCAAGUUUGUUUGCAGAGUUUAACCCCAUUAGAAGGUGAACUAGAGACCAGCAACAACCGAAUAGCAGAACUUCCACAGUGCUGCACAAGCCCUUCAGUUUCAGAACUUUUAGUUGCAUCAAAUCAGGAGCUUUCACUCAAAAACAGCAACGUGUUUCCUCACACACACAGAAAGACAGAGACAGACAGAGACAGACAGAGAGAAGGGGACCAGACAGAGAGAAGGGGACCAGACAGAGAGAAGGGGACCAGACAGACUAACCCUCAGCUUGUAGCUGGAAAGGUUGUGUCUUUCCCGGAGAUGAAGAUUCAGUUCGCUCCGCUAAACAUCCCGCUGCGGAGGAGACUCCAGACAGCGUCUGGUAUCCAGUGAGAAAGCCAGUCUGUCCUACCUGCUCUCAGCUCCUAGAGGAGGUAAUGUGGCGGUGGUGGCUGUAGGGGGCGCUCCAGAGGCUCUAGACGCCCGGCCAGGAGCUCUCACCCUUCAGAUUCUACACCGCAAGGGAUUCAUCAAACUGGCACUAAAACACGGGGCUCAGUUAGUACCCGUGUUCUCCUUUGGGGAGAAUGAGCUCUUCGACCAGAUGACCAACCCUGCCGGCUCGCCGCUCCGCUGGCUACAGGACCACCUGCAAAGGCUCAUGGGAGUGGCACUGCCGCUGUUCACCGGGAGAGGAGUGUUCCAGUACAGCUUUGGUCUACUGCCCUACAGACAGCCCAUACACACUGUUGUGGGUAGGCCUAUUCCAGUGGUCCAGACCCCCUCUCCCACUAAGGAUGAUAUAGACGGUCUCCAUUCUCUCUACCUGGAGGGCCUCACUACGGUGUUUGAAGACAACAAGGACAACUACGGCAUUGCACCAGACAAACACCUCCACUUCAUCUAGACACACAUCUGUGUGAAGAGUUGUUCACACGUAUAAUCAGAAGAAAAAUAAGAUUUACAGAUGAACCCAAAGAUGCUGCAACACCUUGUAGAGUUCUAGCUGGAGGUUAGGGUUCUGUAGGGUUUUAUAAAACAUCACAAUACGUUGCAGAGCGUUGGAUUUGCCUGCUGUGGGGCAAGGAGACCCCCGACAACUGCGUGCCAUUUUCAAGGAAUUGUUAAAUAAAUGUUGUAAUAUCAGCAUCUCUUGAAGAGCUUAGUCAGAACAACAAAUGUCAGAUUAUUCCAUGGAAAACGGUUCCACACAUGUAGCUCUAUCAGAGUUAUACAGCAAGAAACUGCUUUCAUGAUCAGUAAACAUCAAUGAUCAUGUAGUUUCAGAGACGGGUAGCCUAUCUAUAUCGGCAACCGUUAAUUGGAUAUUUGAGUGAUAUGAAAUACACUGAACAAAAA